ACAUGUGACAUGAUUUGUCGUUGGUUUUUUGGCUCGAAAGGGAAAGUACUUUAAAAUACGGAUUACUUUCACAUUUAGGGAAUCCACCGUCAGACUUUCGAAAGAAAAUUUCCCUUUUCCGUGAACUUGUCAAAAUUCCUGUGCGUUGUUCUUAAAAGGUGUCACUUGUACCAUCUUUUAAGGAUAGAUCCAAAAACAAGAUAAGAAUUGCAGAAGUUUAUCGAGUAUUCACUAUAAGUGCACCUCUUAAUUUAUACAAUUUUCUUUCUAGUGAAUCUACUGUUGAGAUUGAGAAAGGGAAUUUUGAAGAUAUGAAAUUUUGCAAGAAAUAUGAGGAGUAUAUGGAGGGGCAAUUAGGGCAGAAUAAUAAGAAACUGCCAAGAGUGGGUCUUAAGAAAUUGAAGAAAAUAUUGAAGAAGUGUAGAAGGUGCCACCAAUCACCUAGUGUUGCUGCAGAUACUGCUACAGUACAUGACACCUCCACUUGCCCUCAUCAAUGCACAGUUUGUGAUGGAAGUUUUUUUCCUUCUCUCCUUAAGGAGAUGUCUGAAGUGGUUGGCUGCUUUAAUAAAUGUGCACAGAGAUUGCUUGAACGGCAUCUCUCCUCGGGUUUUCGCAAGUGUCUUAUCUUGCUCAAAGAAAGAAUACAAGGAAACCAUAUUGCUUUAGUUCAAGAAGGAAGAGAACUGGUCACCUAUGCGAUAAUCAAUGCAAUUGCCAUGCGUAAAAUACUUAAGAAAUAUGACAAGGUUCACUAUUCUAAGCAAGGUCAGGCAUUCAAGUCACAAGCUCAAAGUAUGCACAUUGAGAUCCUUCAAUCCCCCUGGCUCUGUGAACUUAUGGCUUUUCACAUCAAUUUGAGAGAAAAUAAGGCAAGAAAUGAGAAUGCUCUUGCACUUUUUGACGGUUGCUUCCUGUUAUUCAAUGAAGGGAAACCAUCUCUCACUUGUGAGCUCUUUGAUUCUAUCAAGCUUGAUAUUGAUUUGACCUGUUCUAUUUGCUUG